UCACACAUCUCAUACUUCUCUUCAAAUUCUGCUCUCUCUCUCUCAUUGCAAAAGCCAUGAACUCCAACCUCUGCAUCAGCGCAACCGCAGUCGCCGCCGUCUUCGCCCUACUCGCCAUCAACACCACCAGAUUUUCUCCGCCACCGGAGACUUUCGAUUAUUGGAAAACGGAAUAUGUAGCAAUCGAUGGUGCCGUUGGGCCGGAGAGCUUCGCCUUCGACAGUGCCGGUGGCGGACCUUACACCGGCAUCUCCGACGGCCGGAUUAUCAAAUGGCUGCCGGAACAACGAAGCUGGAUCGAUUUCGCCGUUACUUCUCCAAACAGAACAGGUUGUGAAGAGAUAGAAAAAAGGGAGGAGAAAGAAGAGAGAUGUGGGCGGCCAUUAGGGCUCAAAUUUAAAGAUGGCGGUGGCGGUGGCGAUGAUCUGUACAUUGCCGACGCGUACAUGGGGUUGCUUCGCGUCGGCACUAACGGCGGUUUGGCCGAAAAGCUUGAUUUUCAAACGCAGGACGAUCAACUUUGGAUAUUUGAUUCUUUAACGUUUGCCAAUGGUUUGGACAUUGAUCAACUCUCUGGAGUUAUCUAUUUCACUGAUAGCUCUUCUCACUAUCAAAGAAGGAACUUUGCAUCUGCAAUAUUAAGUGGAGACAAUACAGGAAGGCUAAUGAAAUAUGAUCCAAAAACCAAACAACUGACCCUUCUCUUAGGAAACCUCUCAUUUCCAAAUGGAGUUUCACUAAGCAAAAAUCGCGACUUCCUUCUACUCGCCGAGACGACCAAAUGCAGGAUUCUCAGGUAUUGGCUAAAGACCGCGAAAGCCGGAAGCUACGACGUAGUCGCCAAGCUCCCUGGCUUCCCCGACAACAUCAAAACGAGUCGUCAAGGUGGGUUUUGGGUCGGAAUUCACUCGAGAAAACGCGGGUUGUUGAGGUUGAUAUUGGCUCAACCUUGGAUAGGGAAGGCCUUAUUGAAGCUACCUUUGAAUAUAGAGAGAGUUCAUUCUUGUUUGGGAAAAUGGAUAAGGAAUGGUGGGAUUGGAAUGAGACUUAGUGAAGAAGGUGAAGUAAUGGAGAUUAUUGAAGGUAAAGGAGAGUUGAAAUGGAAGUCUAUUUCUGAAGUGGAAGAGAGAGAGGAUGGUGUUGUUUGGAUUGGAUCUAUUAAUACUCCCUUUGCAGCUAAGAUUAAGAUGUGAACAAAAUUAAUCGACAAUAAUUAUUCUUUCCUUCCUUCGAAAUAUUUUGUCUUACCCGUUAAUUAGAAUAUAGUUCAAUUAUUAAGA